UUCAUCCCGAAAUCCCCACCCCAUCCACCAUACCCUAGCCGCCAGUCUUCUCGUCUCUCUCAUCGGCGACGGUGGUGUCCCCUCCUCUCCUCUCCUCCCCGAUCCGGUGUGCCUGCGCCUCCACCCGUCUGACGGUGACGGCCUGAGGGGCGAUGCGCUGGGCGGGCCUCCGUCGGCACGAGUUCCUCUCAGCCGGGCGGCCCUAGGAGCUCACGGCCCCACCAUCUGGCAGGUAGCAGGCGGCGGAGCAGCAGUGCCUUCUCCUUUGACGGGCAACACGCCCACACGGCAACAAGGCCCGUUCCUUCGGCACCGCGACCCAUCUCCUCCCUUCGCUCCCCCAGCGCCCGCCGCUCUCCACACGGUCGGCUCGUGCGCCGCCCUCCACGCUCCCCUGCCCAGCUGCAGCUCGAGUCCGGCUGGUGCGGCAGCACCCUCCCUUCCCACGACUUCGCUGUUCUUUCUCUCGGCCUCGGUCUUCUUUCCUAGCGGCGACGACAGGGCGAGUUGCGCUGCCCGUUGUUCGUCGAGCGACGGGCGCUUCGCCGGCGACGAACAUUCGACAGGGUUAUUGGGUGUACAUGUGUAUACUGGUUCCGCCCCUGCCCAUGCCCCACGUUAAGGCCGUCACUGCUACCUUGGGUGCCAGUGCAAUGCCUGGUGGAUCUUCAGCUGCUGAUGGUGAAGUGGAGGCAGGGUUUGCAAAGCUCCAGGGCGAAGAUUUCGAGUACUACAUGCAGACAUAUUCAAUCAUGCUGGGGCGCAACAGCAAGAAAUCGACAGUGGAUGUGGAUCUCUCGAGCCUCGGCGGGGGUAUGAACAUCUCCCGCCACCAUGCCCGGAUAUUCUAUGAUUUCCAGCGUCGUCGGUUCGCCCUCGAUGUUAUUGGAAAGAAUGGAUGCCUUGUUGAAGGUGUUCUGCACCUCCCUGGAAACCCACCUGUUAAGCUUGAUUCACAGGAUCUCCUGCAGAUUGGGGACAAAAAGUUUUACUUUCUGCUGCCGACGCGAUCCAUCUUUGCCUCAGCGGCUGCUGCUCGACAUGCUCCCAUUAUUCCUCCACCGCUCCCACCACCAUCAUAUGCACGUCCAGGCCGCCCUCGUUUGUCUGAUUUUCACGACCGCUCCUUUGAAGGUGAUUAUGGCCGGGAGGUGGAUGACAUUGGGACUGGUAUCAGUGAAAGUGGGGUGAGGGGAAAGUUGAUAAAGAGAAACAAGAAGUCCUCUGGAGAGUUGGACAUCUAUGGUGGGCACCGAAUCAAUGUUGAAGCAAUAGGAACGCUAGGUGAAGACAGUAGAUCAGAAAUAAGAUCAAGGGGUGACAGGGAUAUUGACAAUCAACAAAUCCUUCAAGCAGAAGAGAAGGAGGUGGUGUCAUCUGUUGCCACAGUGUUAUCUGACCUCUGCGGUCCUGGAGAUUGGAUGCCCAUGGCAAAACUCCAUACAGAGCUUCUUGAACAGUUUGGCAACGUGUGGCACCCCAGCAGGGUCCGAAAGUACCUAACAACAGAUGACUGGUCACCAACAGAGACGAAGGGCAGGCCUUGGUUUGGCCUUCUGGCCCUGCUCAGAAAGUACCCAGAGCAUUUUGUCAUCAACACAAGAUCAAAAGGCAGAGUGACCUCGGAGUUUGUUUCGCUGGUCUCCUUGCUCUCCUAGAGGGAACUAGGGGGCUAGGUGGCCUGCCGAGGAAAUAACAGGCACGCCUGCUCCGUUUCAGUCUGUUCAGAAGGGUCGGAGGUGUCUCACUCAUUUGCGUCCAAUGUUUUGAGCCCUGUUGUACGGUAUCAAGUGUGUUUGAACAGCUGUAAUGAUUGGAUCAUGAUCAUCUCUGUACCGUUGACUUGUAUUUGGAUUAUGGAAGCAUGAGUUUUAACCAA